GGUUAAUUGUACGGAAUACUGUCGCUGUCAACACAAAUAUCAGAAGUCAGUCAACUUUUUUUAUCAGAACUAUGAGGACCGACGUGCACGUCCUUCUGAGGCCAGAUUGAAUAGAAAGUCAAUCUCAUGAAGAACAAUCAAAGAAAAACAAAUAUAAAGCUUGACGGCGUGACCCCCUCCCCCGCCCCCCCAUGACGAUGUCAGCCAUCCAGUACUUCAUUGUCACCGAAGCGCUCGAAUCCUGUAACGCCGGCUGCCUGUGUUUCAGUUUGGACUACCAAGAUGGAUCAAAACAUACAGACCACCCUACAAAGCUGCAAGUCUUCUUACUAGGCUCGCACACGCAUGCUUGCUGUGAGAUAGACGCCAGAUGUUUGAAGGAACUGAGUAAAGACGAAGCCGGCCUGCUUCAGGCCCUCAUUGACGACUCUGAGAGGCUCAGGUGGUUCAAAGACGAAAAUGCUCUGCGCAGAGCUCUGACGCUGUCCGAGGGCUCCGAGGUGGUCGUGGAAGAAAGAAGAGAGAAGUUGCUUGGCAUCAUCCGCUACAUAGGAAAUCUUCCACAACCAAUGGCAACAACAGAGCCUUUACUGGGAAUAUUCUUUGGAGUUGAACUGCAGGGCGAUGACAAGGCCAAGGGGAAUACGGAUGGCUCCUGCCUCAAUCAGACCCUCUUCUCUUGUGACAAAAACUGUGGUCUAUUUGUCCCUUUUUCCAAAGUCCGGCGGCGCUUCUCCGAAUCCGUCCCCCAGUCUUCUUCAGCCCCAGAAACGCAGCAGCCGGUCCCAGGCGACAGAGUCACAUACUGCAUUGAGGACCAGUGUCUCUACGGAAUGGUGGUGAAUGUCCACCAAAAGGAUGGGACAUGUUUUGUGUUGAUCUCCACAGACAGCGAUGCUUCUGGGAAGACGAGCGAAGUUGAAGUGCCGGUUCAGUUUGUCGUUAAAGGAGAAUUGCCUUGUGGUUGGAACUUAGAGUCAAAGCUGAUAGACGUUGAUACCCCUGCAGUGGAUAAAAAAUGUGACUUGGAUGUGAAUUCACUGGUGGAGGUGUCUUUGGCUGCAGGCAACGCAUACGGAAUCAUCCGUUGGAUUGGCAACCUUCCUGGUCGGCGGCACAUAAUGGCUGGACUUGAGCUUGAGGAGGACGUGGGACACAGUGACGGUACCUUCAAAAAUAUGUGUUUGUUCCGGUGUCCUCCUGGGAGAGCCCUGUUUGUGAAGUUGAGCUCUUGCCGUCCUGACGCCCGGUUCCUGAGUGACUGUGACAAAAACACGACACCCAAGGACGAUGUCGCAGGUGAACUUUCAGACAGAGAAGGACAGCACAGCGUUGCAAAAAUGGAGCCUAUCCCUCCCAUCAGCGCCGAUCAAGUUCACCAAGUUCUGAUUGGACGAAUGAAGGGUAUCCAAGGACACCAUAACUCCUGCUACAUAGAUGCUUCCCUCUUCAGUUUGUUCUCCUGCUCGUCCGUGUUGGAUUCCAUGUUGUUCAAAUCAACACCACCCCAAGAUGGCGCCAUUCAGACAACACUGCUCCAGGAUAUUGUCACCCCCCUCCGAAGCGAGGGUUUUGUGGAAGGUGGACAUGUCAUGAAGCUCAGGCAGCAGCUACAGAAACAUGGCUACAGUAACUCCUUCACCACUGACGAAAAGGACCCAGAGGAGUUUCUCACCGUCAUCAUGCACCACAUUCUCGCACUGGAUCCUCUUUUGAAAUUGUCAGCUGGUGGUAAAGUACAAGAGAGUUAUUGCUAUCAGAUCUUCCUGGAGCAGAACCACAAGUUGGUGCUGCCCACGGUGCAGCAGCUACUGGAACAUUCCUUUCACAGUGCUGGACUCAAACUGGCAGAGGUGCCACCCUGCCUCAUCCUUCAGAUGCCUCGCUUUGGGAAGAAAUUCAAGAUGUUUGAGAAAAUUAUUCCCUCCCUGGAGUUAGACAUCACUAACCUUCUGUCUGAAGGUCCUCAGCAGUGCAUACUUUGUGGAAAGUUGGCCCAAGAAGAGUGCCUUGAUUGUUUUGAAGAGCCUGUUUUUGGCUGUACUGGAUGCAAAAUCUUCUGCAGUACAUGUUCUGCUCAGGUUCAUUGUCAUCCUCAGCGUCGCAGCCAUCAAACAGCAGCUCUGAACAUACCCAAGGGCUACAUGGAGCAAGCCGCAGCAAACAACGGCAGCAGAGACAUAAUGGAGCUGUUUGCUGUGCUGUGCAUCGAGACAAGCCACUACGUCUCCUUCCUCAAGUACGGACCGGACAGCAAAGACUGGAUCUUCUUUGACAGCAUGGCGGACAGAAGCGGAGGGACGGACGGCUUCAACAUCCCGGAAGUGCGAGCGUGUCCUGAGGUCGCCGUGUACCUGGACAUGUCCCCCGCUGAGCUGGCCAAUCAGGUGCCUCGUAACAUGAGUGGUGUGGCUAAACGUCUCUUCUGUGACGCUUACAUGUACCUGUACCAGAGUACCAGGAUGGGUCUUUACCACUGAGCGGGGAAGUACCAGUCGUAUGUCUUUUUGUUUUCAAUAGAAAUAUAUUCCAUAAUUAGUGUUUCUUUCCUGGCAUUGCUUGUACAUUUCAUAUUUCAAUGUUUGUGACAUUUAUAUGCUUGUAAAUCGAGUUUAAUGUCAGAUAAUAAAUGCUGUUGCUUUAAAAACCACAUGUUUUUGCUUUCUA